AUGCACUGUGUGGGAUGCAGUGACAAAGUUCUUACAAAUUCAUCGGCCCCAUCUCUGGAUGGAAUGCAGUACUACUUUAAACGACAAAGGUACUUGCUAGUUACUGAAGACAAAACAUGGAGCAAUGCAAGUCUAAACUGCCAGACUUUAGGUGGACAUUUAGCAGACAUAACAACAGAGGAGGAAGAAAUAUAUAUAGAGGAUCAAGUGUUCGACAGUGGCUAUCAUUAUAACACAUGGAUAGGAGCAUCGCGCAACACAAGCGGAGGAACAUUUUACUGGGAAGACGGUACACCAGUCUUAGACUAUUUUGUUAAAUGGGGACCAAGUCAACCGAAUGACCACCAGGACGAGAGUUGCGUAUUAAUGCUGAGUUGGGACAAUGAAUGGUCUUGGCAUGAUUAUGGUUGCCAUGAUGUUUUCUGGAGCUUGUGUGAAUUUGACUAG